AAAGAAGAGCAGCAAAAUAAACGUGCACUCAAGACACCAGCCUCUUUGGAAGCCAGGCUGCCUGGAGAGCGAGGAUGGCUUUACCAAAGGUGAUCCGGUUGGCCGUUGUUCUUUUGGUUAUAUGUUGCGCCCUGGACAAGUCCGGAUUCAGACACUCUGUGUCCGUCUUCUUAGAGGAACUGACGGCUGGUAAAUCACCAACCCUUCAUGUUAGAGAGAAAAGAGAAACUUUUACGAAUUUCACUGAUUACGAGUUCCAAGUUGUUUUAAGUCUUUCUGAGCUGGAGAUUCUUCAGACGAUUCUCAACAACCUCAGUUUUCCCAUACUCAUCGACAGCACCAGUGAGAUUUCCAACCUUGACGCCACGACAGUGUGUUCACGAAAUAUAAGUGGGUACCAGUGUGUGUGCGAGGAGAACUUUGCCUGGUCUUAUAACAGCUGUAUUACCUAUGGAGUGUGUGACGCCAUCGUUGGUGACACAUGUGGCUGCAUUAACGAGCUUCCAGCUGACGGUCAGGUCUGCCAGGUGAACAGCAGCCAAACAGAGCUGGUGGACUUCGAUGUGAUCCUUGACCUCCGCAUUCCGCUCUCCGGCGUUCCAGACAACAUACUUGAGUUCAUCCGAAGCGUUCUGGGGAAUGAAACCUUCCCUGCAACCAUCUCACAGUCUUUGGAAGUGACAGAGAUGCUACUAACCACAGCCUGCUCUCCAAACUCCACUGACAGACUGCUGUGUGAUUGUGAGGAUGGUUUUGCUUGGCCAUGUGACAAGUGCAACGGCAGCAACUCAUGCAGCAACGUCAGCAGUCAAACCUGUACUUGCAUAUAUGGACUUCCUUCUGACAACGAGUACUGCCAGCCAAUCACAAAUAACUCCUUCUGCCCAACUCCACCUCCAGUAUUGACAAUGAUGACAACAGCCAGGCCAAGUAGAACAACACCGUCUCCUCCCACAAAUUACGAAACAUCAACCAUCUUGACAACCACAUCAUCUCCUCCACCUUAUGAAACAUCAAUCGUCAUGUCAACUACAUCGUCUCCUCCAACACCUUAUGAAUCAGAUUGGUACGUUGGCAUCGUUCUUGAUUUGCACUUCCCCUUCUCCAACGUUCCACCCGAUAUCCUUGAUUUGAUAAGAGCAGCUUUGGAAAAUGAAACAUUUCCUGUGACACUCUCACAGUUUGUAGAAGUGAUAGAAUUAAACUUGACCACAGCCUGCUCUCCAAACGCCACUGAUGGACUGAGGUGUGAAUGUGAGGAUGGCUAUUCUUGGCCGUGUGACAUGUGCAAUGGAAACAAUUCAUGCAAAGAUGUCAGCAGUCAAACUUGUACAUGCAAAUAUGGACUUCUUUCCAAUGAAGAGUUCUGUCAACCAAUCACAAACAUUGAUUUGUGUCCCACGACUUCUCCAGCCACAACAACAGCCACCCCAACCACAACAUCUGUCAUGCCUACCACUAUGACUGCCAUGCCAACCAUGGAAACAGGCUAUCCGAAUACAUCAACUCCUUCAGCAACUGAUGUGGAACUUUAUGUGCUCCAUGAAUUGUUCAUCCCAGUUGCCAGUGUGCCACCAAACAUAGUUGAUUUAUUCAGAGCAGCACUCAAAAAUGAAAGCUUCCCUGUAACCCUCACAUCUUCUUUAAAAGUUAUAGAACUAAAUAUAACAACAGUCUGUCAUCCAAACUCCACUUAUGGCCUGGAAUGCAAAUGUGAGGAUGGCUUUGGUUGGCCAUGUGAGAUGUGCAGCAGCUACAAUUCAUGCAGUAGUGACAUCAGUCAAACCUGUACAUGCAUUUAUGAACAGUCAUUUGUACACCAGUACUGUCAGCCAAUUACAGAAAUCGCUCAGUGUCCUGUGCCAAACACAACAACAAUACCAGAAAUGACAACAGUGACAAAUGCAACAAUGCCAGAGAUAACAGUGACAAACGCAACAACACCAGAAAUGACUACAGUGACAAAUGCAACAACACCAGAAAUAACAACAGUGAAAAACGCAACAACGCCAGAAUUACCAACAGUGACAAACACGACAAUACAAGAAAUGACAACAGUGACAAUUGCAACGUUAGAAAUGACAACUGUGACAAAUGCAACAACGCCAGAUAUAACAACAGUGACAAGCACAACAACAAUGCCAGAAAUAACAGUGACAAAAGCAACAACGUUAGAAAUGACAACAGUGACAAACGCAACAACGCCAGAAAUAACAGUGACAAACACAACAAAAGAAAUAACAACUGUGACAAAUGCAACAAUGCCAGAAAAUACAGUUACUAAUGCAACAACACCAGAAAUAACAAUGACUAAUGCAACAACACCAGAAACAACAACAGUGACAAACGCAACAACACCAGAAAUAACCACAGUGACAAAUGCAACACCAGAAAUAACAACUGUGACAAACGCAACAACACCAGAAAUAACAACAGUGACAAAUGCAACAACACCAGAAAUAACAAUGACUAAUGCAACAACACCAGAAAUAACAACUGUGACAAACUGCAACAACACCAGAAAUAACAACAGUGACAAACGCAACAGCGCCAGAAAUAGCAAAAUAACAAUGACAAACGCAACAACACCAGAAAUAACAGUGACAAACGCAACAACACCAGAAAUAACAGUUACUAGUGUAACAACACCAGAAAUACCACUGACUAAUGCAACAACACCAGAAAUAACAAAAGUGACAAAUGCAACAACAUCAGAAAUAACAACCAUGACAAACGCAACACCAGAAAUAACAACUUGGACAAACGCAACAGCUCCAGAAAUAACAGUUACUAAUGCAACAACACCAGAAAUAACAACCGUGACAAACACAACAACACCAGAAAUAACAGUGACUAAUGCAACAACACCAGAAACAACAACAGUUACAAACGCAACAAUGCCAGAAAUAACAACAGUUACAAAUGCAACAACACCAACAACGUUAGAAGUGACAACAGUGACAAAUGCAACAAUGCCAGAAAUAACAGUGACAAACGCAACAACACCAGAAAUAACAACAGUGACUAAUGCAACAACACCAGAAAUAACAACAGUGAUAAACGCAACAACACCAGAAAUAACAACAGUGACAAACACAACACCAGAAAUAACAACUGUGACAAACGCAACAACACCAGAAAUAACAACCCUGACAAACGCAACAACACCGGAAAUAACAGUGACUAAUGCAACAACACCAGAAAUAACAACCAUGACAAACACAACAACACCAGAAAUAACAACCAUGACAAACGCAACAACUCCAGAAAUAACAACCGUGACAAACGCAACAACACCAGAAAUAACAGUGACUAACGCAACAACACCAGAAAUAACAACAGUGACAAAUGUAACAUCAGAAAUAACAACCGUGACAAACGCAACAACACCAGAAAUAACAACUGUGACAAACGCAACAAUGCCAGAAAUAACAGCGACAAAUGCAACGUUAGAAAUGACAACAGUGACAAAUCCAACAACACCAGAAAUAACAGUGACUAACGCAACAACACCAGAAAUAACAACAGUGACAAAUGUAACAUCAGAAAUAACAACCGUGACAAACGCAACAACACCAGAAAUAACAACUGUGACAAACGCAACAAUGCCAGAAAUAACAGCGACAAAUGCAACGUUAGAAAUGACAACAGUGACAAAUGCAACAAUGCCAGAAAUAACAGUGACAAAUGCAACAACACCAGAAAUAACAACAGUUACAAAUGCAACAACACCAACAACGUUAGAAAUGACAACCGUGACAAAUGCAACAAUGCCAGAAAUAACAGUUACUAAUGCAACAACACCAGAAAUAACAACAGUAACAAACGCAACAACGCCAGAAAUAACAGUUACUAAUGCAACAACACCAGAAAUAACAACAGUGACAAACGCAACACCAGAAAUAACAACUGUGACAAACGCAACAACACCAGAAAUAACAACCCAGACAAACGCAACAACGGAAAUAACAGUGACUAAUGCAACAACACCAGAAAUAACAACAGUGACAAACGCAACAACACCAGAAAUAACAGUGACAAACGCAACAACACCAGAAAUAACAGUGACAAACGCAACACCAGAAAUAACAGAAACUAAUGCAACAACACCAGAAAUAACAGUGGCCAAUGCAACAACGCCAGAAAUAACAGUGACUAAUGCAACACCACCAGAAAUAACAACCAUGACAAACGCAACGACACCAGAAAUAACAACUGCAACAAACGCAACAACACCAGAAAUAACAGUGACUAAUGCAACACCGGAAAUAACAACAGUGACUAAUGCAACAACACCAGAAAUAACAACAGUGACAAACGCAACAAUGCCAGAAAUAACGAUGACAAAUGCAACAAAGUUAGAAAUGACAUCUGUGACAAAUGCAACAACGCCAGAUAUAACAGUGACUAAUGCAACACCGGAAAUAACAACAGUGACUAAUGCAACAACACCAGAAAUAACAGUGACAAAUGCAACAAAGUUAGAAAUGACAUCUGUGACAAACGCAACAAUGCCAGAAAUAACAGUGACAAAUGCAACAAAGUUAGAAAUGACAUCUGUGACAAAUGCGACAACGCCAGAUAUAACAGUGGCUAAUGCAACAACACUAGAAAUAACAACAGUGACAAACGCAACAAUGUCAGAAAUGACAGUGACAAACGCAACACCAGAAAUUACAGUGGCUAAGGCAACAACACCAGAAAUAACAGUGACAAAUGCAACACCUCCCCCAAAAAUAACAACAGUGACAGAUGCAACAUUGACAAAUAUAACAGUGAUAUUUGCAACAACACCAGAAAUGACCACAGUAACAAAUACAACAUCAAAGAUGACCACAGUGACAACAAAAAUCAUCCCAACAGUAGCCACAACAACUGUAGCUUCUGUUAUAAAUGGGAGAUUUACUCUUAACAUGGAUUUCAAAGCGUUGUAUAAUAAUGAAAACAGUUCUGUUUAUAAAGAUAUUUAUGAUGCUACUAAAACGAAAUGUCAGGAGCUUGUGUCAAAAGAUUGUACUGUGAAGAGUCUAACCUUUCGGAGUGGAAGUACCAUCGCGGACUACACUCUCAUUAGUUCUUCUGGGGAUGAAAAACUAUUUGAUUUAGCAAAAGAUAAAAUGUUAAAUCAACUGGCAGCAAAGUAUCCUGUGGACUUUGUCAGUGUUAAACAAUUAACUACAUCAGUUGAUCCCGGGACAAUAAUUGCUGGGGUUUCAGUCACCCUGACAUGUGGACCUCCUCCGACUAAUCUGGGUUCAGACCUGACGGUGGAGUGGACACGUUCUGGAACUCUUCUGGACACAGUCACACCCAGCCAAGACAGAACAUCAAUAUACACAAUCCCAAAGUUUUUGAAAAUUCAUGAUGGAACAUAUGUGUGUAAAAUGAAGCGGAACGACGGUGCCACUUUCACACAGAGCCUCACCUUAACGUCCAAAGCAGCACCACAGAUUACCGUGAACCCAGUCAGAGGAACGGUGCAAUGUGGUGAUUCUGUGUCUGUGUCGUGUUCUGUUAACACUGGCUACCAGGUUCAAUUUAAAGACCUGAAUCUUCCAACUCCUGGUUUGGAAAUCAACUAUGUGUAUAAAGCCCCUGAUGGAUGUACCGAACGGGAAGAGACAAUAACCUGCCAAGUGACAACUAACCCACAGGAUUAUAAAAUAAUAACUCUGGAAUUAAUCAAAGCUGUUGUUUGUAAAGCUGACGGUGUAUUCAGUGCCGGAUCGGUAGGUUUUCAGGCUGUUGCAUCCUGUGAAAAAGGCAAGGUGGGAACCAUAACAGCAGUUUGUAAGGCGGAUGGCACAUAUGGAGAUAUCCAAAACAACUGUGUUCUAGAAGUCGUACAGAAUCUGCUCAGUGAGUCGGAGGCAUUGGAUGUGGUUACUCUGCCAGCAUUCUUGGAAGACCUCAAGGGUGCAACUAAGAACAACUCUAAGACCAUAACUGAUUCUCCAGCCACCAUCAGCGCCAUGGUGAAAAUCUUUGCAAAUAUUGGCAGGAGGGCCAAUUCUUUAAAAAUCACAAUAUCUGAACAGUCUACAAAGAAUCUCCUGGAAAGUGCAGGCAUUCUUACCAGUGACGCUGCAAAAGGCUCAUGGGAUGAACUGAACAAUAACAACAAAAGUGAAAGCUCAGAAAACAAAAAUGCCAGCUCUUCAUUUUUGAGCGCCUUUGAAGGGAUAGCAGCCCACGUCGUCAACGAACCUUUGAGCAUAAAUACACAGUAUAUUCUUUUCACCAAAGUUAAUUUCACAAACAAUUUCAAGGGUGACUUUAAUUCCUCCGUGGAAAUAAACAUACCAGAAGCUGAGGGAAGCAGGCACUCAAUCGCAGUAAUGUUAUUUGCUUCCAUGGACAACGUGCUUCCUGCAAGGGAAAGCGUGAACACGUCAUCCAGAGUCAUCAAUGGAAGGGUGGUGCUCAUUCAUCCAGAAUCAGACAUUAACAACAUAUCGAUAGCAUUUGAUGUUCUGAAUGAGACCCUGGGAAAGCCUAAGUGUGUUUUCUGGGAUUUCGAUCUGUUUGACAGUCUUGGAGGAUGGAGUGAUGAAGGCUGCGCCUUUGUACUGAAUGAAAACGGAACAGUCAGGUGCAACUGCAACCACACCACCUCCUUCUCCAUUCUGAUGUCACCUGACAGCCCACAGGAUAUUGUGUUGGACUUUAUAACCUACAUUGGACUUGGCAUAUCCAUGGGCUCCCUGAUUGUAUGUCUCAUCAUUGAAGGCAUCGCAUGGAGAAAAAUAAGAAGACAUUCAACGUCGUACUUGCGUCACGUCUCCAUCGUCAACAUCGCAGUGUCUCUCCUGAUUGCAGACAUUUGGUUCAUUAUUGGAGCGGCCAUUUCAACCACAAGAAGUGCGCCGGCCUGCACAGCCGCUACCUUCUUCAUCCAUUUUUUCUACCUGGCCCUGUUCUUCUGGAUGUUAGCCUCGGCCCUGCUGCUGCUCUACCGGACCCUCAGUGUCUUUGAGGGAGGGCUGUCUAAACUAACCAUGCUGAUCAUCGGAUUCUCUUUGGGAUAUGGAGCUCCGCUGAUCAUUGCAACAAUAACUAUUGCUUCAACUGCUCCCUCGAAUGAGUACAUCCGGGAAAAUGUCGUCUGUUGGCUCAACUGGAACCAGUCCAAAGCUCUGCUGGCCUUCGUGGUCCCUGCUCUCAUGAUAGUAGUGAUAAACUUAAUCAUCCUGGUUGUGGUGUUGUACAAAAUACUGAGCAGAAGAGGUGGAGCAAAUGCAUCCCAAGCAGAAGGGAAGAAUGUUCUGUACGUGAUUGCCAGGAGUUUGGCUGUGCUCACACCGUUGUUCGGACUGACUUGGGGUUUGGGAGUCGGAGUCAUGCUCAGCCCAAAAAACAGAGGGAUGCAAAUUACGUUUGCAUUGUUCAACUCAGUCCAGGGUUUCUUCGUUCUGGUGUUUGGAACACUGUUGGACAAAACGGUGCGAUCAGCGAUGACCAAAUCUCAGGGAUCUUCCUCGCAUAGCAAGACAACAAGCACCAGCGCUGGAACUCUUUACAGCUUCUUUAACAAGCUGAAAAAACCAAGACGUCCUACAGGUGGCUACCACAUAUCUUCUCGUGGAUCCAACACUUAAUCCAAUGCAAAGUCAAGCCAAUCAAUAUUAUUUUUUUUGUACAGAAUUUGUUCUCAUCAAGUUUGAUUUGCUUUUUAAUGGACUGUGAACAAGUGAAGGAAACUGAAUCCACUGCUUUCAGCAGCUGCUACUUGUAAUAAUAAAUCUUUGUAUGUAUAAUAAUGUAUAAUAAUCAGCAGUAAUGUCUGUAAACAUUUUUCAUCCCAACUUUUGACCAAAUGUUUCCUUUGUUUCUUAUGGUCUAAGAUUUAUUUGGUGGAAAAGUGCAAAUUAUGUUAAAUUUUGAGAAGCUUAUAUCAGAUUAUUUUGAAUAAACACAAUAUACAAAGUAAUAUACAUAAUAUACUACGUUUCGUUUCAAAAAGUAGACAUGGAGAUGUCGCAUUUUUGCAAAGCAAGUUACCCAAAUGACUUUAAUCCAAUUAUGACUCUAUGUUGCUGUAACAUAACACUUCUACUAUUAAUGUGAAGUAAUGAAUUUUAUUUCGUAGUAGCUGUUGACGCUUCCCUGUUUUGUAUAAUGUGCGUGUAUGUGUGUGUGUUAUACUUUUAUAAAAGUACUGUAUAUUUUAUUCAUUGUUUUCCCAAACCUAAAUAUUCUAAAAUGUCAUUUUAAAGACUUGUACAGAAAUGUUGUUUUUUGCGCCAUUCUGCUUUUAUUUUGUUUUUCGUUUUAAUAAACUCCUCCAUAUUAAAGGCCUGACUCAGAGUUUGAAGAGUAAACUCGUACAACUGGUUACAUGCAGUGCUGCUGAAUACUGAAAUACCUGUGGUGUUCAAACUGAGACAAAGAAGGAAAUGAAAAUGGUUCCAGCCCAUCUGCUGAACGCUGUUGUGCAUCAGUAUCUGGUAUCCUUCAUGUUGGCAGUGAGUUGAAGUUGUCAGAAAUGAAGUUGCUAAACCAGACUGACAAGGUUCUGCAAGUCGUGGACGAUGUUUAAGGAAGUGAGCUCCAACGCAGUAACUCAUCAGAGGACAAGAAGAGGUUUCUUGAGUGGCCUCAGUGUCUAAUGCAGUGGUCCCAAACCUCCCAAACCCACUCUCCUUCACCAAAACAAAUUCUGCACCCCUCCACCCAACCCUCACCUCUCUACACUGUAACCCUCACAUGGAAAACUCACGCCGACAGUAAAACAAAAACUUUGCUUUUAUUUCAACUGUUGAUGUGAAACGGAGAUCCAACUUUUACUUUCAUAUUUUUGUGGGAAUCAGAUUUAACAGCUAUAGAGUGACACAUCUUCAUGUGACAAAAAGCCGCAAUUGUCAACUGAGCAUUAUUUGUCUGGACAUCUGUAGAGCUGUGCUGGACUCUACCCAAGGCCACUGAUAAGCUUCCACCACGAAUCAGAGACAGAUGUCUAAUGCUUAGUACACACAUUCUGACAUAUAUUCUUUAUGGCUUAUUGAGCUUCUGUACAGUAGCAAUAAAAAGGCCUUGUGAUUCUGAUUAUGUAUCAAAGCCAGUUCGAUAGCGGCAUAAGAUUGAAACUUGUAUUGUACUUUUGUAUUGUAGUUUCUCAACUCUCCCUAAAAAUA